GCUGUCAAUAGCUGGCGCAAUAGCACAAUGUUCCAUGUGUUUCACGAAGAAGAAAAAGGGGUGUGAACUUCCGGAUUUCAAAAUAUUGGAAGCAACGAACUCUACACAACAACUGUGAGAUUAUUAACCGACUGCAGUGUUUGUUGAAGGAUGGGAUCUCCAACAAAAGACGCAACAACACCACGCAGAGUGAACAUUCAAACCCCUGGUCGGGAAGCUGACUACCCACUUCCUCCUGUCCAUGAACGCCUCGCAUACCUUCGCCCAUCCAGGGAGUUGCUAGAGUUUUACAGACAGAAGAUUGCCCAGUUUGAUGAGGAACAUGAGGAGCUGCUGCAGAUGCUGGAAAAAUAUAAAGGCAUUACAGAGGAUCAACACAAGUUGCAGAUGGAAAUGCGACAGCGGGAGGGAGAGAUUUCCGAAUUGCAAAAUGCUCUUAGUGACAUGCAGGUGUAUCUUUUUCAAGAGAGAGAACAGUCUCUGCGACUUUAUGCAGAAAAUGACAGACUUAAGAUCAGAGAACUAGAUGACAGGAAAAAGAUCCAGCAUCUUCUUUCACUAGUGGGUCCUGAUGCAGGAGAGAUCACAUAUUUUCAUAGAGAACCGCCCCACAAGGUUGCUAUCACUCAGAAGAAUGCUGAAACUAGAUUGGAGGAAAGUCUCAGUCUCAGGCCAGCCAAAUUUAAAACUGUGAACAAAAAAGAAAGUGGCAGGAAAACAAAAUCAGCAAAUGGAGUAAAUCAAGAUAUUUUGGAGCAAUACAAGAAUGAAAACCAGACUCUUUCGCUUCAGGUGGAGGCACUGCAGACUCAGAUAGAAGAACAGACACGUUUGGCUAAAGAACAGAUAGAAUCUCUGCAGGAGGAUAGACGGAUUAAGACAGAGGAGGCUCAUGCACAACAACAAAGAGACCAGGACAGAAUCACAGCACUGACCGAUAAGCUUCAAAAAACACAAAACCUUUUGUAUGAAAGCACAAAGGAUUUCUUACAGCUGAAGUUUGAAGCGCGGGCUAAUGAGAAAAGCUGGAUGGUGGAAAAGGAUCGACUGCUCAGAAACCUGGACUCUUGCCACAACCGUGUGAGAAAAUCAGGUUCUGCUGGGCCUGAGCCUGGCAGAACAUGGCACACCAGCAGCAGCACAGCCAUGCUCCUCCAGCGCCCUCAGCCAGUGAUACAACAAAUGCACAAGGAGGAGUUAAAGACAAUGCAGGAGGACCUCAAGCAAGCGCACCAUCUUGCAGAGAUGUACAGGAAACAGUGUGUUACUCUAGAGACAGAACUCGCCCAAAUCCGAGAGGAGGGCGACGUGGGCAGGGAACUAUUUAAGGAUCGUUCAGACAAAAUGGCCAAACGCCUUCAGCUAAUGACUCAGCGAUAUGAGGCUCUGGAGAAGAGAAGGGUCAUGGAGGUGGAGGGCUUUAAGACUGACCUGAAGAACCUCAGACAGAAAUUAAAAGACGUUGAGAAACAGCUUCUCAAGGUAACCCUAAAUGUUGGACCCAACCAAGACUUAGCUGUUUUGCAUGAAGUACAUCAGAGCAACACCAGGACAAAAAAAGUUCAGAAUGAGCUGAUGGCACUGAAGGCUAAAAUCUAUGGGCUUGAAAAUGAGUUAAGACGUUGUUGAAGAAUAAAGAGUACUUUGUGUGUAUUCGUAAUAUUUUAAUUGUUAUUUUUAAUGACUAGAACCGAUUCUUUUUCUAUUUUGUAUUUUAGGUCAAUAAAGAUUUUUCAUUUUAGUGACAAAAACAAAACAA